UCCAAGCUCUCAGUGCCAAGCGUGCGAAGCAGUGUCCGUGACCUCCUUGCGGAGGCGAACGGCGAGAAGAAGCGCAAGUUCGUCGAGACGAUCGAGCUCCAAAUUGGACUCAAGAACUACGACACCCAGCGUGAUAAGCGGUUCUCGGGCACUGUCAAGCUGCCUAAUGUUCCCCGUCCGCGUAUGAGCAUCUGCAUUCUUGCUGAUGCCGCCGACAUCGAUCGCGCGAAGCAGAUCGAGCUCGAGUACAUGAGCGUUGACGAUCUUAAGAAGUUGAACAAGAACAAGAAGUUGGUGAAGAAGCUCGCUAAGAAGUACGACGCCUUCUUGUCGUCCGAGGCUCUGAUCAAGCAGAUCCCCCGUCUGCUCGGCCCCGGUCUGUCCAAGGCUGGCAAGUUCCCCACGCCCAUCUCGCACGCAGAGGAUCUCGCGGGCAAGUGCAGCGAGGUGCGCUCGACUAUCAAGUUCCAGCUCAAGAAGGUGCUUUGCCUCGGUGUUGCCGUCGGCCACGUCGAGAUGACCGAGGACCAAGUCCUGGGCAAUGUCAUGCUCAGCAUCAACUUCCUCGUCUCCUUGCUCAAGAAGAACUGGCAGAACGUCAAGUCGCUCAACCUGAAGACGACGAUGGGUCACCCCAUCCGUCUCUACUAA